AUGCGAGACCUAUAUUCGACAGCGAAAUCAGUCAUUGCAUGGCUGGGAGAGAUAACCCCCGAGGAAACUGUGGCGUAUCCGUUUGUACCCGAUCGCCAUCUUGGUAGCGGAUGGACGCACAAGACUAUAGCGGAUAUCCUGCACAAGCCAUACUGGGAGCGCAUGUGGGUUAUUCAAGAAGCGUUAUUGCCCCAAGUCCUAGAAGUCUGGCUAGGCGAGUACCGUGCAGAUGCAGACGAACUGAGCCGUGUGAUGGGAGUGGACCGAAUUCGCAUGGAGACUCCACAUAUUCCAGGGUGGAAACUUCUAUACUCUCGGAGAGAGUAUCGAGCCUACGGAGAUCCGAAGAUAUCCCUACCGUAUCUCACCGCCUGGGAUUGGCCGCUAGCGUUCGAGCUUCGGUGGUUGAUCGAAUCGUUCUCCAGGUCGAAGUGUAGCGUUAUUCACGACAAGAUAUAUGCACUGCUGGGUCUUGCCUCUCAGAAUCCCAGGACCUCGCAUCGUCUCAUACCCGACUACAACUUAUCGACCAAGCAGUUGUUCGUAAGUCUGCUGCAAAACCAAUGCGAAAGUGGGGAACCGGAUCUGUGGAAAGAGCGCGACUUUCUCAAUCUGUUCCGUCGCGUACUGAAUCUGGAUCGCGAAGACAUUGCAAGAUAUAGUCUUGAGGUGGCACCGGGUACUAGAGAUAGCAGCUUUGUACUGGCUCGAGGGCUCGAGGUAACUGCAUCGCUACAAUUUCUCCACGCUACAGAUGUGCUCUACCUUCCGUAUCGAUAUGAGUACUGGUAUCAUACUAGGAGAGGAGUCCAGCUUUCCUUACCACCAGAUGUUCAGAACGCCGUAAGUUGUCUCAAUGCAGGGUCGGAACGUACGGGUGCGCUCAACAACUUUCUGAAGUACCGCUGGCUGGGUAGCCGGAUGGUGACUUCCAGUGAAGCCGCCGUGGCUUUGUCUCAAAGAGCCUUCAUCAAUGCGCUUACCCAACAGUCGCGACAUCGAGCGACUAGACAAAGCCGAGGCCAUCUAAAUCUAUGUUGCAGCAUGGUUGAUAUAAUGUCUUCCGCGAUCACCAAGAACACAAAAGACUGCUGGGCCUCGAUGCAACGAGUCGCAGAGAAAGGCGACACUGGCGAGGCCACUCACCCCAUAACAUAUCUCUCAGGCCAGCAAAUCUUGGCCGAAGGUACAAGACUUGCUGUAUUCACCGGCGCAACGGAUUUGCACAACGCCCUAGUGUUGGAGGUAUAUAAGGACUACCAUUGCACUCCACCAGAGACACGCUACGAAGUUCAAGGCAUUGCUUUCAUCUUAGACCAUGGAAGUCUGCAUAGCUCGGCCCUAAGCAAGAAGAUUCGCUUCAAGUACUGCGGUCUCCCGAGUCUAAUGGACUUUCAUCGAGUGAAUGUUCUAGAUGAGGCUCAGCUUGGUACGAUACUUGGAGAUGCUCUCGCAGCAGAGCGUAGUGGGGAAUUGAGUGAGCCUGAAACGCUCGAUGGUUACGAGAUCAGCGUGGGAAGUAAAGCGAACUACUUCGAAACCACCUUGGAACGAUAUGAGAUAACCACCAAAGCAGUGUAA